ACAUACCACAUAUGACAUUUGACACAUAUGGGGGAAAACAAGUAGAUUCAUAUUUAAUUAUUUUGCUUUGUUUGGAAAAAUUUGUGCAAUAGUAGGACAAAAAUUCUUUCAUGAUACAUACAUAUGUACUAUAUUAGAAAAGUGUUCUGUUUAUAGGCAAAUCUUAAAAGGACAACGAACGCAUUGAAGCAAAAGAGGGCUAUUUAGGGCUCUGGCUGCAUAUCGAUGGUUCGUGAUAUCUACACACGAAUUUAAUAGUUUUCGGCAAAUAACUCUGUACAAGGAUCGAAAAGUUUGAGGGUUAAAAAUUUAAUCGGCUGUGCAUUUACUAAAUAUGCGCCUAAAAUUCUAGCUUCUUAUUUCGAAACUCAAAUAUUCCAACUACCUACAUGUGGGUGCGAAGCCGCGUAUUAAACAUAUAUAUGUAAAUUAUGUCAGUGAGCGAUGCCGAUGAAAUACGCUCAGCUGCUGAAUCGCUGAUAAGCUCUCGCACGAACAUGGCCUAUCGUGGUGCAAUGUCUGUGCCGAUACCGCCCAACUAUGAUAUGUCACGCACACAUUCCAUCAACUUGAUCACCGAAGAAUUUCUGGGCGGUUAUAUGCAAGAUGGUCGCAUGUCGGUUGUACGUCGCUUCUUCUGUCUCUUUGUGACAUUCGAUUUAUUCUUCGUUUCGUUAUUGUGGUUAAUUUGUAUAAUGAUCAAUGGAGACAAUAUAUUUCAGGCAUUUCAAAAGCAAGUGGUCCAUUACACUUUUGGAACCUCUUUAUUUGAUGUAGUGGGAGCUGCUAUGUGCCGUUUUCUAGUUUUGACGUUCUUUUAUGCUUUGUUGUACAUAAACCAUUGGAUUAUAAUAGCAUUAUCAACGAGCGGUUCGUGCCUAUUUUUAAUCUCCAAAGUAUUUGUCUACGAUUGGGUCGACUCGCGUCAACAGGUUUUCGAAGUGAUACUCAUAAUAACGUCAUUCGUGUUGGCUUGGGGUGAAGCUUGGUUCCUCGAUUGCCGCGUCAUACCGCAGGAACGUCACGCGCGUAGCUAUUUCUCUGCAAUAGCUACCCCAGAACAGCGCUCACCAAUGAUGGCACCGUUUUUGGCCUCACAGUCGGAACGUAAUGUUCCGGAAAGCAUUUUUUAUUCACCUUUAGAAACGGUACACAAUAGCGAUGAUGAAGACGAUGAACAGGAUGAAGAAUAUCAUCAAAUGGCUUUGGAUUGUGUGCGGAGAGCACAUGAGCUAUUUGAAUCAAGCGAUUGGAAGGUAGAAAAGGUUACCAAUAAAGGAGACACGAUACGCAGUACGCAACGUGAAAAGAUGGGCAAAAUUUACAGACUAACAGCUCGUAUUAAAUAUCCACCCAAAGAGCUAAUGGAUGAACUCUUCUAUAACAUUGAAAAUGUUCCGAAAUGGAAUCCGACUUUGUUAGAAUCAAAAAUGGUGCAUAAAAUCAAUUCCUACACCGAUAUUACAUACCAGGCUAGUGUGGGUGGUGGCGGUGGCAUGGUGAAAAGUCGCGACUUCAUUAAUCUUCGCUGUUGGCGUCUCUUUCGCAAUGGCAAGAUAUGCGAAGAAUCCGAUGAUGAUGAUGAAGCGGAGAGUGGUACCGACACAGCCGGUCCAGGUAGCGUAUCCACCGUAUCAGAUGAUGACUCUGUACCCACCACACAGCCUAGCAGUGUUGAAAGUAAUCGUGCGAAAUUCUCAAGUAGCAGCAGUAGCGUAAUGCCUGGCGCUGGCGAUGCGGAUAGUCGAAGCGGUAGUGUGAAAAGUUUGCGUACUGGGCGGGCUUUUAAGACACUAAGUAAAAGCUUAGGCGCUAAAGAUUUUAGCGCAAUCGUACGUAUUGAUCCCGAUGAACCGCCACCAUUGGAAGAGGAUAGUUUUGAAGAUGCUCACGACAAUAUAGAUGACUUGGCGCAACUGGUGCAGAAGGAGGCACGGAUGGGAAUGCAAGAUGUACCACAGGAAAAUGCCGAUAUGGGUGAAGGGGCGGCUGUAAGUGGAGCUUUGGGUGGCGACGCUAGUAAAAAUAAAGUAUAUAUAAGCGCGGCAAUUAGUAUUGAUUAUGCGCCAGUUCCGCCGACUGCGAAAUAUAUACGCGGCGAAAAUCUUGUGACUGGGUUUGCGCUACAUGAAAUCGCAGGUAAAUCAGAUGCAUGCAUAUUCGACUGGAUUCUGUGUUUGGACUUGAAAGGUUACAUACCGCGGUAUGUGCUAGACACUGCUUACACCACUUUUAUGAGUGAUUAUAUGAAAUAUUUACGUAAAUAUGUAGUCGAGUUGCGCACUAAACGUAAACGAGUGUCUAGAAAAUAGCGGAAACAGAGUAUAGCGGUAUAACAGUGGGAAGAAAAACUGGCAUUCUUCAAUAAAUUUCGCACUCAUCCUGCUACAUGUAUUAGUCUUAUAUUCAUCAAACAUCGGUUAAAAUAGAACAUAUUUAUGGAACUGAUUGUGUAUGAUCUUGUUUAUAUAUUUUUACAACGCGAUUAUUAUAGAAUUUCUAAAAGUUUAAUGGUUGAUAACAAAUCCGAAAUGAUUCGCUAAAUAUUAGAUCUUAAUUAUGAAAAUUUUAAAACACAUACAUACAUAUAUUUUCUACAAUUAGGUCCAACAAUGUGAGAAUAAUGAAAUUAAUAUUGUUUGUACUCUUGUAAGUUAUAGCUUAGGUUAAAGUGAAAUAUUAAAGUUCAUUUGCUUCUGAAUUUGAACUAAAAAAUCGGCGCACAAGUUAAUGAGACAUAUAUUUUACAGCAUAAUCUAUUUUUGUUGUAAUAUUUCAUGCCGUAUUACGAUGAUAAUAUACAAUUUAUUAGCAAUUACUUUUAAGAUUUAAUCGUAUGUUUGUAUGUAUAAAUAGUUUUUCAAAAUACAAUAAAAUAUUAAAACUGAAUAAAAA